UCUAAAAAUGCGACGUGUUUCCUCUUCAGGACACCUAAAUGUGGGUCGGGGUGGGAAGUGGCCUGGAGAAUGUGGCGGAUGCUGGUGCUACUGCUGCUGGCGUCGGUCACUGCUGCGAGUGGUCAUAACAUCGGUCAGGGAAAGGAAGAAGACUCGGGAGAUGAGCUCUUGCUCUGUAGGUCAUGUGGUUACGAGGUGGCUGCCAGUCGGGACCUUAAAUUCGUGGCCAGUCCCUUGGCUUUAGCUCUGAGGAACGAUACGUUGAUCGGAGAGCAUAGGGUUCCGGUGCAACUCUUCCAGAACCCGCAGGGCCUUCGUUUCCAGGUGCUCACUUUCAAGAAAGCCGUUGUCCACAAGCACUGGCCUGCGGAUGACCAAUUCUCCUGGUUCCCUGGAUACUCUUGGACAGUGGCAACGUGUCCUAGAUGUCACAGCCACUUAGGAUGGUCAUUUCAGCCCAAUAUCUGGCCUCAACAUUUUAAAGACAAAGAAUUUGAAGAAUCUGAAGAGACAUUUAUUGCCCUGAUUGUAGACAGACUUCUACAAGAGAACUUUGCUGCUACACUUCUCAUGGUGCCCAAAUCCUAUCAAAGUUAAAAUUACUAUUUUAUUUUUAUAAUUAAAAGAUGUAAAAUUA